AACCAUCCACAUCCCGUCAGUGCGAAUAUCCAUUUCUUGCGCCCGACACCGCCAGGGCCUGCCGUGAUAACGCUCAGCGGGUUGUCGCACGGAAGAACGUACUCGACGAUAAGUUGCUCGAUAGCGAGAGAGGGAUGCCCGGACGAUGCCCGGACGACAAGAAACUGGCGGUGGCGACGGUGCCUCAAUGCGGCAGCCGACUGGUCGUUGCAUCCCAAACCAUUGCCUGCCGACCUGGCACGACUCGCGAGAAACCAAGACGCAAAUUGGAAGUGCGUCCCGAAAAUGCCACAAGCUGACAACAGGCGGGCAUACAAUGUCCCUCGACAUCACAUUCCUCAUUCCGGAUUAAGUUCGAAUCUGUUUUCCGAGUCGUGGAUGCGAGCACCAGAUGGCCAAAAGUGGGACCAGUCGAUGCUGCCAUUCCUGUCAUACCUAUCGCCGAUGCUGUUCGACGAAGCAUACCUGGACCCGAAAAAUCCCCAUGACGCCGUGAUGUUGAGCGUCAACGUUGAUAUCCGUGGCCAAUUACCGUCGGAGGGUGCCGACUGGGUGUACUGCCGAAGCUCGUGUAAGGCUGUCGUAAAUGGCAAGCAAGACAUGGGCCAGGUGCUGUUGGACGAGAAUGGGCAGCUUCUUGCUGUAUCGCAGAAUUCGGUACAUUUCACACCCAUGGCGGAUUAUCUAGACCGGGAGAAGGAGCGCAUAGCAAAGUCUAAAAAGCUGUAG